GGGCGGCGGGCGCGGCGGCGGCGCCGGGCGCCAAGGAGGUGCCCAAGGUGCUGGUGGACCCGCGCAGCCGGCGCAGCUACGUGCGCGGCCGCUUCCUGGGCAAGGGCGGCUUCGCGCGCUGCUACGAGCUGGCCGAGGCCGAGAGCCGCGAGGUGUUCGCCGGCAAGGUGGUGCCCAAGUCGCUGCUCGUGAAGCCGCACCAGAAGGAGAAGAUGUCCAUGGAGAUCGCCAUCCACCGCAGCCUCGCGCACCGCCACGUCGUCGGCUUCCAGGGCUUCUUCGAGGACAAYGACUUCGUCUACGUGGUGCUGGAGCUCUGCCGCCGCAGGUCGCUGCUGGAGCUGCACAAGCGGCGCAAGGCGCUGAGCGAGCCCGAGGUGCGCUACUACCUGCGCCAGACCAUCCUGGGCUGCCAGUACCUGCACAGCCACCGUGUCAUCCACCGCGACCUCAAGCUGGGCAACCUCUUCCUCAGCGACGAGAUGGAGGUGAAGAUCGGUGACUUUGGCCUGGCCACCAAAGUGGAGUACGACGGCGAGCGUAAGAAGACCUUGUGUGGAACCCCGAACUACAUUGCCCCAGAGGUGCUGGGCAAGAAGGGGCACAGCUUCGAGGUGGACAUCUGGUCCAUCGGCUGCAUCAUGUAYACCCUGCUGGUAGGGAAACCGCCCUUCGAAACCUCUUGUCUAAAGGAGACCUACAUCCGAAUUAAGAAGAACGAAUACACCAUCCCCAAGCACAUCAACCCCAUCGCUGCUAACCUCAUCCAGAAGAUGCUGAGGUCCGACCCUGCCACGCGCCCGACUAUCGACGAGCUGCUGAAUGACGAGUUCUUCACAACAGGGUACAUCCCCAGCCGCCUGCCCACCAGCUGCCUCACGGUUGCGCCCAGGUUUUCAAUUGCUCCCAGUGGGCUCGAGCUGAACGGGCGAAAGCCGCUGACUGCGCUCAACAAAGGACCAGAGAGCCCUGCGCUGGAGAGCUUGCCCGAGAAAGCCGACGCAGCCGGGCUGCGGGAGCUGGCGGACGCGGUCGACUGUCACUUGGCCGACAUGCUACAGCAGCUGACUGCGGUCAAUGCAGUGAAGCCAUCGGAGAGAGUCGUCGUGAGGCAAGAAGAGGCUGAAGACCCUGCCUGUAUUCCUAUCUUCUGGGUUAGCAAAUGGGUGGACUACUCGGACAAAUACGGUCUAGGCUAUCAGCUGUGUGACAACAGUGUUGGAGUUCUCUUCAAUGACUCCACUCGUCUCAUUAUGUACAAUGACGGGGACAGCUUGCAGUACAUYGAGCAGAACAGCACAGAGUCCUACUUCACUGUGAGAUCCUACCCCUCUGCCUUGAACAAGAAGAUAACACUACUGAAAUAUUUCCGGAACUACAUGAGCGAGCACCUGCUGAAGGCGGGCGCCAACAUCACCCCUCGCGAGGGAGACGAGCUGGCUCGUCUGCCCUACCUCUGCACGUGGUUCCGGACCCGCAGCGCCAUCAUCCUGCACCUCAGCAACGGCACCGUGCAGAUCAACUUCUUCCAGGACCACACCAAAGUCAUCCUGUGCCCUCUCAUGGCUGCUGUCACAUACAUAGAUGAGAAACGGGACUUCCGCACGUACAAGCUGAGCCUCAUCGAGGAGCACGGGUGCUGCAAGGAGCUGGCCAGCCGGCUCCGCUAUGCCCGCACCAUGGUGGAGAAGCUCCUCAGCUCAAAGUCUGGCUCAGCCCGCGUGAAACCUUCUGUUUAGGCCUUGUUUUGGUGGACUUGACAUCUGCGCCCAGCUGUUCCAGCUGUGGCUGGGGGGCUCUAGUGGGAGCCCUGCUUGCACUGUAACCUCYCAGCACCCAGCUGGGCUCCCGCUCCUGAGACCCAUCCAGCUGCCCCAGGAGCCCCUGAUGCUGUGGGAAUGGUGCAGUGUUCCUGACUGGUGCCCGAGGGAGCUUCUUGCUCCCCCACACCCAAUAGAAAGUCUAUUUUUUAUUAAGUAUUUAGUCUUUUUUCUAACUUCCCAGAACAAAAAGCCUGACUCAAACCACCCCUUGUAUGAGGUUCCUGGGUAUGAGAGACCAGAGCGUGGGGAGGGCAGGACUAUCAUGUAAGUUAUUUGUACAUGUUUGUGCCUUAUGCUCUGGGCUUCGUUUCCUCUUGCAGCAGUUCAGCUGAGAUAUUUAACAUGCCCAGGUUGAGACUGAGCAAUCAGCCUUUUAAUACUGAAAUUAAUUUACAU